AUGGCUGGGCCGACGAAGAUCGCUGUCAUAGGUGCCGGCCUAAUUGGACCUAGGCACGCAGAGACCGUGGCGGUAGACCCCUGCGCUGUUCUCUUUGCCAUUGUCGACCUCGCGCCAGCAGGAGCGGAGCUGGCCAAGAGGCUGAAGGUGCCUUACUAUAAAAGCAUCGCAGAACUUCUCGAAGGCCCUGAGAAGCCAGAUGGCGCGAUCAUCUGCACUCCCAACCAUACACACGUUGCCGUCGGCUUGCAAUUGGUGCAGGCUGGCGUCAACAUUCUAGUCGAAAAGCCCGUGAGCACGGACAUCAAGAGUGGCGCUGAACUUGUGCGGACUGCAGAAAGGUUGGGCGUGCAAGUGCUUGUGGGACAUCACCGCCGAUUCAAUUCAUACAUACAAGCUACUAAGCAUGCGCUCAAUGCUGGCAAAAUCGGAGAUCCAGUGGCAAUAAACGGCAUCUGGGCAACGUACAAACCGAUCGACUACUUCGACAGUCCUGCAGAAUGGAGGAGGACCCAGACUGGGGGUGUGGUACUGAUCAAUCUGAUUCAUGAGAUAGACCUCAUGCACUACCUCCUAGGCCCCAUAACGAAAGUGUACGCCGAGCCCACUCCUUCGCGGAGAGGCUUUGACGCCGAAGAAGGUUUCGCCAUGACCCUGAGAUUCAAAUCAGGCGCGGUGGGCUCAUUUUUGGUCUCCGACAAUGCGCCUUCUCCGCACAAUUUCGAGGCAGGGACCGGCGAGAAUCCUCUUAUUCCAAGAACAGGAAAGGACUUUUAUCGUCUCUUAGGGUCGGAGGGGACCCUGAGUGUGCCAGAUAUGACCAUAACGUCCUACCGCGGCAGCACCGCCAAGUCCUGGCACGCCCCGAUGAUUACAGAAGCCUUCGACGUGGACAUGAAGAUCCCUUUUGCUCUCCAGCUUGAGCACUUUAUUAAGGUCAUCAAAGGCCAGGAGCAAGCAAGCUGUAGCGGUGCUGAGGGUUUAGCGGCCUUGGUCGUUUGCAACGCCAUCAAGGACUCGUUACAGACAGGACAGCCAGUCAUGAUUGAGCCUUCAACAUAUGGGUCAUAG